AUGUUUCGUCCGUAUACUCGACCGUGUCGACAAACAAUCCCAGCACGCCGGUCCAGCAAUCGAGGAAGAACACAGUCUCGGAGAAGCCGUGCAUUGGGCUUCCGACCUGCACGUCAUGUUCGGAUCAUCCACCGGCCAAAAACAAUAGGGAGCCAGGCAGCUGCUGUCGAGUCCAAGUCAGGCCCGUGUCUCGCUGCCGCCCCCGGUCGAGUCAGCCGGCGUGGUAAUACCCAGCCCAGCGCCUCGCUUAGCGACCUACGCCGCUACGCUUCCCCCCGCCAGCAAUACUAUUCUGCGGCUUUGCCCCUCCCUCGGGUUUCUUCAGCAGUCCGAAUUCCGAUCCAUUUCAUUUCCUAUCCACGGUUCCUUGACCAGCUUCCAGAAAAUUACGACGUACCCAUCCCUUGCGGCUGCUCUUUCAGCUUGGAGGGGUGUCGCUACGUGUUACAGCGAGUAUACCCCGCCAUAAGCACACACGCACCCAACGAAUAA